UACCCCGCACGGUAUCCUCUCUCCUGUUAAAACGUUACAACAUCCCCACACCUUCUUUAUUUACUCUCUCUCUCUCUCUCUCUCUCUCUCUCUCUCUCAAAAACUCUCUGAAACUCUCUCUCUCUCUCUAAUGGGGAACCGAAUGUCGGACCGAUCAUCGGUUACCCCCGGAAAAGUAAUACUAUCCGACGGUAGCGUCCACGAGUACCAAAAGCCUUUAACGGCGGCGGAGCUCAUGCUAGAGCACCCGCAGCAGGUGGUGGUGGAAUUCCGGUCAGCUGUGGCCGACCGGAAAAGGCCGAACCCGUUACCGGCCGAUGAGAAGCUAGAGAUGGGAAAAGUUUAUCUCAUGCUCCCCAAGAGACGAGGGAAGCCGCCCGCGUUAACGUCGGAGGAAGCGCAGCAUUUACUUUUAACGGCGAACUCGGUUUUGGGCACUAAGCGGCCUAUUUUGUCGACGGCGACGGGGUUUGUUCCGAUGCUUGCGAGGUUGUGUACGGCGGGAAACAGAGACCGGGAAGGGUUUGUGGUGAAAAUAGGGAAAGAGAAGGUGGUGGAGAGGAGAGAAGAGGUGAAAAAGGUUGAGUUUUUUGCGCCUGAAGCAUUGGAGGAACUGCAGCCGGAGUUUUUAUGCAGGCAGAUUUCCGGUGGGAAAGGGUGGAAGCCUAGUUUGGAUACCAUCAAGGAGAAAGCUGCUAAGAAAACGGUUCCUCAUUGGUUGUUCUAAAUUGUGUCCGGCGUCGUUUCGUAUGAUGCUAUUGGCGUCGGACUCAAAAAAUCGUUCGUGUUAAUAUUAGCAGGUAGGCUCAAGUGGCACAAUGUGUUAAUCGUCGAAUUUUGAUUCUUGUUAUAAUAACAUAUGAUCCUGUAAUCUAAACUAUUCCUUUCA